UGGAUCAGGCUGUUAUGCGGUUUCAUGAGGUCCAUGACAUGUAUCAUAAAACAUUCGAAGAUGAUGAUGACCUAGAUGCUUCUAAAGGCUAUUUAACAUCAGUCCUGCGGGAUGUGCAAGACUUACAGCACACAGUGGUAAGCUGGUUUGAAGACUUUAAGCAAUCAAUGGAAUCUCAUGAUGCAUCAAACUUCCAAGAGGAACAGCAAAUGCUUGAUGAUGCUGUUAAACCGCAAAUGUCUCCUGUAGACCAACUAUCUACCCAGUUUCAAGAGCUACAGAAUCUAAGACAGAAAGAAAAUGAAGAGUUCUCUGUGCUUUUAGCUCAACAAGAAGAACGUCUGCGUGCACAGUUUAAACUACAACUUCAGCAAGCUGAACUUGAAAUGGAUGGACUAAAAGGCUUACUGAAACUCAAAGAUGCUGAGAUGGAAGAAAAUAGACGAAAGGCUGAGUUAACGACAAUAAACAAAGAUUUCUCAACUCCUGUCUCAGGUAACCCAUCCUUUAACUUUCAUCCAUCAUUCUCAGCAGUAAACGAUAAUUCUUUAUGUCAACUACUGGAGCUGUCAAGGCAACAGUAUCAGUCACACAUUGAUUCCAUGCACUUACCACCUGUUGACAUAAUCAAAUUCGAUGGUGAACCCUUAAAGUACUGGCAGUUCAUCAGAUUGUUUUCCUCAGUGAUUGACAAAGAGACAGUGCCAGAUCAAGAAAAACUCACUCGUCUGCAUCAGUACACUGUCGGUCAAGCUAGAGAUGCUAUCUCGCACUGUUUGUACAAUCCUGAUUCUAGCCUGGGCUAUGCAGAAGCCAUGACUAUUCUGAAAAGACGUUUUGGCAAUCCAUAUGCAAUAUCACAAGCAUGGGUCGACAAGGUGCUCAAUCACAAAGAGGUUAAAGACAACAAGCAGUUGCAAAGCUUUGCAGACAUUUUGCGUAGCUGCCGAGAUACUCUAAAAGCAAUGAAGUGUGAGGAUGAGCUCAAUGGUGGACGCACUUUGCUACAGAUUGUAGAAAAGCUGCCUGAAGACAUAAAAAAAAGAUGGCUCACAAUAAAUUAUGAGAUAAUCAAAUCUGGACGUUUACCAAAGUUGGACGAUGUAGUCAGUCUUGUUGAAUCUGAAGCCACUAAGAGAGCUGAUCCUAUCUUUGGGAAUCUUCUUACACCUGCCAGUCGAAAUUCUCCCACGAGUUACAAAUCAAAUGCUAAGUCAAGCUUCAAUAAGAAAAGGCAGACAUUUGCAACCGUGUCAGUUACUAAUGAAUCCACCAUAUCAUCUACACCAAAGAUAACUUCAAGAUUUAAAUGUCCAAAGUGCGCUGACGGACAUUUCCUGAACCAGUGUCAAGCUUUCAGAGCUUUGUCUGUUCAAGAACGUUUGGCCUUUGUUCAGCGAAAGCAACUCUGCCUGAACUGCUUUAUGAAGGGUCAUCGGAGCACAAUCUGUUCUCGCAGCUGGGUAUGCAAAGUGCCUGGAUGUGGGAAAAAACACAACAGUUGGCUACACUCUGCCAUCGUAGCUUCUGACAACGACAAAAGCCAAUCUACUAAUCAAGCUACGGAAGAUGAACCAGCUGUUGACCCGCCACAAGCCAUUCAAGCACAUGCUACCAGAAAAUGCAGUGAAGUCAGUCAAAAGAAGAUUGCUCUUCCCAUUUUGCCUGUAGUAGUUUCAGACAGACAUAAACGAUUCUCUAUGAAUGUCUUUGCUUUGCUUGAUAGUGGCUCAAAUGGGACCUUCGUGUCUAAGAAGCUAGUUAAUGCUCUUAAACUGGAAUCACGCAAAAUGAACAUAAAGCUGAACACUAUGGAGACCAAAAACCUCAAUGUAGUCACCUUAGCAGUGGAUCUACGAGUUGAAGAUGCUCAACAAAGGAACUCUUUCCUGAUGAAAGGAGUGCUCUGUCGAGAUCACUUGAACAUAAGUCUCGACAGCCCAGUCACACAGCAGGAGCUGUUUAAGUGGCCGCAUCUGCGGGAAAUUGCGGAUGAAAUCAGUCUACCUGAUGCUGAUUUAGCUGAUGAGGUUCACCUGCUAAUAGGUCUAGAUCAACCAGACAUACUUGCUCCUCGUGACACAUGCUGUGGUGAGUCUGGCGAACCAUAUGCAAUUCUUACUGGCUUGGGAUGGACACUCCAUGGACCAGUAGCUGAUGGCUCUACAUCUGUUUCUGCCAAUUUUAUUCGAACUGACCAUUCUCUACAACAAGCAGUUGAAAGAUUUUGGAAAUUGGAUGAUCCAGUCCAUGUGAACCAUGAUUCGCAGUCAGUAGUUGAUGAGCAGGUUGUGGCCCUAUGGAACAAACAAGCAGUCAAAGAGGAAGGUCAUUACACACUUCCUAUCCCGUUCAAAGAACAUCCACCACAACUGCCCAAUAACUACACGAUGGCCAAGCAUCGAUUAGACCUUCUAGGAAAGAGGCUAAAAAAGGACCCAACUUUGCUUCAGAAGUAUAAAGAGGGUAUUGGAGACUCUUUGCGCAAAAAAUAUGCAGAAGAAGUCGUCGAUAUUAACAGAAAAGAUGGCUGCGUGUGGUACCUGCCACAUCAUCCAGUGCUACAUCCACAUAAGCCAGAGAAAGUUCGUAUUGUCUUUGAUUGUGCAGCACGUUACCAGGGUACUUCAUUAAAUGACCAUAUUCAUCAAGGCCCAGACUUUACCAAUAAGCUGCUAGGAGUCCUUCUCAAGUUCAGACAAGAACCCAUUGCCUUGAAUGCGGACAUUGAAAGCAUGUUCUAUCAGGUUCGGGUGCCAUCUGAGGAAAGAGAUGUGCUUCGCUUCCUGUGGUGGGAAGAUAACGACCCGAACAAACCACCUAAGCAUUAUCGUAUGACAGCUCAUCUGUUUGGAGGUGUCUGGAGUCCUAGUGCUGCCAAUUAUGCCUUGCAACGAGUGGCGGAGGACAAUCAUGGAAACUUCUCUGAUGACACAGUGGAAACGGUUAAGCGAAAUUUCUAUGUUGACGAUUGCCUUAAGUCAGUACCAACAGAGGAGGCUGCCAUUAAACUCGCUUCCGAACUCCGGGAACUGCUCACCUGCGGAGGCUUUAGGUUAACCAAGUGGUUAAGCAAUUCUAAGGAAGUGAUGAAGUCAAUACCAGCUGAUGACUGGGCAAAAUCAUUACAUGAGGUAAACCUUGACCAAGAGGAUUUGCCAUUUGAACGAACACUGGGCGUCCUUUGGGAUGUAGAACGAGAUUGCUUCACAUUCGAUGUCAAGUCAGUGGACAAGCCUCUAACAAAGAGAGGAGUAUUGAGCACUACCAGUUCCAUCUAUGAUCCUUUAGGAUUCGCAAGCCCUUUCGUGCUUAAAGCUAAAGCAAUCUUUCAAGAGUUGUGCCGUAUGAAAGUUGAGUGGGAUGAGGAGUUACCAGUGAACAUAGCAGCACAAUGGCACAGAUGGUUGAACGACUUGCCUCUGUUGUCAGCACUGACAAUUCCAAGAUGCCUUAGACCGACAUCUACAAGUUGUUUGUUAUCAGCCCAGCUCCAUCACUUUUCUGAUGCUUCAGAACUGGCUUACGGUGCUGUUUCAUACAUCAGGAUUGGUGACACCUGCAGGCUGGUGAUGUCAAAGGCCAGACUUGCUCCAAUCAAGCCAGUAAGCAUACCACGACUGGAGCUACUAGCAGCCGUUGUUGCUACGGAGCUGGAUCAGCAUAUCAAGCAACACUUAGAGAUCCCAAUUGAAAGGACUUUCUUUUGGACGGACAGUACUAUUGUACUUCAGUACAUCAAAAACAAGCAUUGUCGUUUCCAGACAUUUGUCGCCAACCGUAUAUCAAAAAUACAUGAACGCUCAGAAUCAUGCCAGUGGAGACAUAUUGAUUCUGCCUCUAACCCUGCGGAUGACGUCUCUAGAGGAAUGACUAUGAGAGAGAUUUUGGCAAGUGAACGAUGGAAAUCUGGUCCACACUUUCUUAGAUACGAUGAGGAACAUUGGCCUGCUCAACCUAUUAUAAAUGACUUGCCGGAUGAAGCAGAGAUCAAACGAGGCAAAGAAGUCUAUGCAGCUAGCAUAACACCAAACCAAGCAAUGAAAAAUGCAGUAGACAGACUACUGGAACGAUACUCCAGUUGGCAUCGUUUGAAAAGAGCUACUGCUAUCUUGUUGCGUCUCAAGGCUUUGUUACGCAAGAAACUAAGUGUUCAUCUUUCUGACCCCAUCACUGUUGGUGAGCUCCAGCAAGCAGAGUUAGCCAUUCUCAAUUACGUACAAGCUGCAACUUUCAGAUCUACUGAAGCCAAGCCUAGUUCUCUUCUCAAACUUAAACCCUUUAAAGAUGAAACUGAUCAACUCCUUCGUGUCGGAGGCAGACUAAUGAAUGCCCCAAUUCCUUACGAGGCUAAACAUCCAGUGAUCCUACCUAACAAUCAUCACGUCACCCAGCUAAUUAUUCGUCACUAUCAUCUUCGCUUGGGUCAUGCAGGGCCAGAACGAGUUCUUACAGAAAUUCGUCAACGUUUCUGGAUUCUAAAGGGACGUGCUGUCAUUACACAAACUCUGAAGUCAUGCCUACAGUGUCGCAAGUUAAGAGCUAAGCCACAAGCCCAGCAAAUGGCAAACUUACCUGACUCUAGAGUGACACCGUGUGAGCCUCCAUUCACUCGAGUGGGCAUAGACUACUUCGGGCCAUUCUUGAUUAAGAAGGCACGCAGUGAACAAAAGAGGUAUGGAUGUUUGUUUACAUGUCUCACUACGAGAGCUAUUCAUCUCGAAGUCGCUCACACCCUAGAUACUGAUUCCUUUAUCAACGCACUACAGCGAUUCAUUGCCAGGAGAGGUUCCCCUUCUGAAAUACGGUCAGAUAACGGGACUAAUUUCGUUGGUGGAUUAAGAGAGUUACGGAAAGCCAUCAGUGAAUGGAAUCAACAAAAGAUUUCUGAUUACCUGCUGCAGAACAAUGUAAAAUGGAUCUUCAAUCCACCUGCUGCCUCCCACAUGGGUGGUGUUUGGGAGCGACAAAUUCGCACUGUUCGUUCCAUUCUAAACACUGUCCUAUUGCAGCAGGCACCAGAUGACGAGGGUCUGACAACACUGUUUUGUUGCGUUGAGGCUAUUGUCAAUGGUAGACCAAUCACUAAACUCUCAGAUGACCCAUCAGAUCCUCUACCACUAACCCCAAAUCAUCUGUUGUUACUCCGUUCGGGUCCAACUCUACCUCCAGGAGCUUUCGUAAAACAAGAUGUUUACCGACGCAGAUGGCGCCAGGUCCAGUAUCUGGCAGAUAUAUUCUGGUCGAGAUGGAUUAAAGAAUAUUUGCCUGCACUGCAGCAGCGCCAAAAAUGGCUACAACCAAAGCGUAAUCUUCAAGUAGGAGAUCUUGUGAUCAUUCUGCAUGAAAAUACACCACGCAAUCACUGGCCACUAGGUCUGAUUACUCAAGUUUACCCUGGUACAGAUGGACUUGUGCGUACUGUGGAAGUGAAAACACAGGCAGGAGUCUUCAGCCGUCCUGUGGAUAAAAUCUGCCUCCUAGAAGCCAGUUUUAUCAGUUGAACUAGUUUAGUUGAGGCAUCACCUUUACUUUCUUUGAAUGACCUGUUUGGGUCAUUGGGGGCCGGGAUGUUAGGUGCUGCCCCUUUAAGAACGUUGUUUCAGUGGCUCAUGUGAUAGCUGCCGGAAAGGGCAGAGGCAGUUGAAAAAGAGACAGACAGAAAAGCAUGUUGUUCUCAUGUUGAAGCUUGUUGAACUUCUAUAAUGAUUGCAGAUUUAAACUAUAAUUUGAACUGUAUAUUCCCAGCGUGGUGAGUAAUUCUUGUGCUGUUUAAGUAAUCUGAGGUUUCUAGAGUUAUCUCUAUGUAGAUCGAUAUUUGCGAUUAGCGCCAUAGCGCCUAAAGGGUUAAUAUCAUAUACUGUUUGCUGUUUAUGUAGACAUAUGUUGUUUAUCAUGUUAUUUGUUGAAAUAUUCAUGCAAUAUGUUGCAUUUAGUUUGUAAACAAAGUUGAAUGCAAGUCUGUGACACGAGAGAUUGUUCCAGAAAUUCAUAUUGCAUCACAUGUGAUAAUGUUUAAUUUAAUGUGAUAUGUGGAACAUUGCUAAAUAGUAAUUGUGAACUGUUUUGUGUUUACAGUUUGACCGCACUUGUAUGCAUGUACAAACAUGAGAAAUUUCUAAACUACAAGUAAACAACAACAACCAAUCAACAAAUGUGUACGGUGUGAGUUCUGCACUAGUGGAAUAAAUAACAAAAUCAAGUUCCAAGUUAAUGUUAUCAUUUCACGG